GCUGCGCGGCUCCAGCUCCACAUCCCGGCGGUACCUUCCACAAGAACCCGGGACUCGUCCUCAUCCGACGCACACCGGCAGCCGGGCUCCGCUCUCCUCCGCGGCAGGCUCCCACCGCGACGCUGUGAUCCCGCCACCGCGCGCCAGCGUCGCUCCCCGGGCGGCUGCUCAACUUCUCCUCCGCGCGCCUGCCAAACUGAAUCCGCCGACCUUGACAGCGCGCAGUGGGAAGGAACUUUACCGGAGGUGAGCUCCGGAUCUCCUCCCCAGAAAAGGAAAGGGAAGGAAAGGGGGAAAGGGGAGAUUCGAGGAAAACUCGAAACUGUCUCGCUCUCCGUUUCGGAUCAGCAGCUGAAGUUUGAAGUGGAAAAAGGAGAGAAGAGGAAGAAGACGGCAUCUCAAGGGCGCAAGACGGGCAUCUGCGGGGGAAAGUGUGAUGCGCGGCUCCGCUUCUUACAGGUGCAGAGAGGCUGCUCGGACUUAAACCUGGAUUCAUCCUGCUGAGCUGCUGUUUCAGGCAGAGGGGAACUCUCCGGACGCGCUGGCGGGACUGGAACGCGUCUGAGCCGAGAAGCGACCACACUGUCUGACCGGAUUCCUGCCGUUCGAGCAGCUCCCGGGGUCGGUGCGCUCCGCGGGCUCCGAGACCGACUGAACCGGCGGCGGGGAACCACAGCCAGAACCGGCACCGGGACUCGAGGACUGUUUGAAGCACUUGUUGUCCGAUCUGCGCAGUUUGGGACCAUGUCGGAGGACUCGUGGAGCAGAUCGAUGUGGCGCGCCACAUGGAUUUUAUUUCUCCCCGUGCUCAUCCACUCCACACAAGCUCAAGACGACGUGCCUCCUUACUUCAAGACGGAGCCGGUGCGCAGCCAGCUCCACCUGGAGCGGAACCGGCUGGUGCUGACCUGCAUGGCGGAGGGGAGCUGGCCUCUGGAGUUCAAGUGGAUCCAUAACAGCACGGAGCUGACCCGCUUCUCGCUGGAGUACAGGUACCUCAUCCCUUCCUUGGACCGCUCCCAUGCCGGCUUCUACCGCUGCAUCGUGAGGAACCGGGUGGGCGCGCUCCUGCAGAGGCGCACGGAAGUGCAAGUGGCCUUCAUGGGCAGCUUCGAGGAGGGCGAGCGAAGCCAGUCGGUGUCUCAGGGGGACGGCGCCGUCGUGCCGGCGCCGCGGAUCCGCAGCUUCCCGCAGCCGCAGGUCACCUGGUUCAGAGACGGACGCAAGAUCCCGCCCAGCAGCCGCAUCGCCAUCACUCUGGACAACACGCUAGUCAUCCUGUCCACCGUGGCGCCGGACGCCGGGCGCUACUACGUCCAGGCGGUGAACGACAAGAACGGAGAGAACAAGACCAGCCAGCCCAUCACACUGUCAGUGGAGAGUGAAUGUGGCGGUCCGGCGGAUCCCAUCGCUCCGCCAUCAUCAUCUCCGCCCAGGAACACCAGCGUGGUCACCGGCACCUCGGAGGUCACCAUGGAGUGUGUGGCCAACGCCAGGCCUCUCAUCAAGCUCAGCAUCUCCUGGCGGAAGAAGAACGGCGUGCUGGUGACCAGCGGCCUGAGCGACUUCAACCGCAGACUGACCAUCCUCAGCCCCCUGGUGAGCGACGCCGGCCACUACGAGUGCGAGGCCGUUCUCCGCAGCAGCAGCGUGCCGUCGGUCAGCGCCGCGGCGUAUCUGCACGUUCUCCGGUAAGAACAGUAGCCUCCACAGUUUAUUAAGGAGCCAGACAAGCACAUCACGGCGGAGAUGGAGAAGGUUGUGGACAUCCCCUGUCAGGCACGGGGAGUCCCCCAGCCAGACAUCGUGUGGUACAAGGACGCCCCUGCCCAUCGACCCGGUGAGACCCCCAGGUACAGGGUGCUGGUGGGGGGCAGCCUGCAGGUCAGCCUCCUCCCCGACGACACCGGCAUGUUCCAGUGCUUCGCCCGGAAUCUGGCGGGAGAAGUCCAGACCAACACGUACCUGGCCGUCACCAGCAUUGCCCCGAACAUCACAGCCGGACCGGCUGACAGCACCGUGAUCGACGGGAUGUCUGUCAUCCUGCACUGCGAGACCUCCGGAGCUCCGAGACCUGCCAUCACCUGGCAGAAAGGCGAGCGGGUGCUGGCCAGCGGCUCGGUCCAGCUGCCCCGGUUCACCCUGCUGGAGUCGGGGAGCCUGCUCAUCUCGCCGUCGCGCAUCUCCGACGCCGGGACGUACACCUGCAUGGCGAGCAACUCCCGGGGCAUCGACGAGGCGUCGGCCGACCUGGUGGUCUGGGCUCGUACCCGGAUCACCACCCCGCCGCAGGACCAGAGCGUGAUCAAAGGAACCAAGGCCGUCAUGACCUGCGGCGUCAACCACGACCCCAGCGUCACCAUCAGGCACGUGUGGGAGAAGGAGGGCUCGGUGAUCAGCGUCCAGUCGAUCCCCCGCAUGCGGCUGGACGCCGACGGGACGCUGCACAUCUCCCAGACCUGGUCGGGCGACAUCGGGACCUACACCUGCAGGGUCACCUCCGUCGGGGGGAACGACUCCCGCAGCGCGCACCUCCGAGUCAGGCAGCUGCCUCACGCUCCGGAGAAUCCCACCGCCGCGCUGAGCCGGUCCGAGAAGAGAGGCAUCGACCUGGCCUGGGCCAAGCCCUUCGACGGCAACAGUCCCCUCAUCCGCUACAUCCUGGAGGUUUCUGAGAACAACGCUCCCUGGGCCAUCCUGCUGGCCAACAUCGAGCCGGAGUCCACGGCGGUGACGGUGAGCGGGCUGAUCCCGGCCCGGUCCUACCAGUUCCGCCUCUGUGCCGUGAACGACGUGGGGAAGGGGCAGUUCAGCAAGGAGACGGACCGCGUGGCGCUCCCCGAGGAGCCUCCCAGCGCCCCGCCCCAGAACGUCAUCGCCAGCGGCCGGACCAACCAGUCCAUCAUGAUCCAGUGGCAGCCUCCGCAGGAGAGCCACCAGAACGGCAUCCUCCGGGGAUACACCGUCCGGUACCGGCUGACCGGGCUGCCGGUGGAUUACCAGCUGAAGAACAUCAGCAGCCCGGACGUCACCAACCUGCUGCUGGAGGACCUCAUCAUCUGGACCAACUACGAGAUCGAGGUGGCGGCGUACAACGGGGCGGGGCUGGGCGUCUUCAGCCACAAGGUGACGGAGUGGACUCUCCAGGGAGUGCCGACCAUCGCCCCGGGCAACGUCCAGGCGGAGGCCGCCAACUCCACCGCCAUCCGCUUCACGUGGACGGCGCCCAACCCCCAGUUCAUCAACGGCAUCAACCAAGGCUACAAGCUGCUGGCCUGGGAACCUGGCAGGGAAGAGGAGGUUGCCAUGGUGACGGUGCGACCGAACUUCCAGGACAGUGUCCACGUGGGACACGUGACGGGCCUGAAGAAGUUCACGGAGUACUACACCUCGGUGCUGUGCUUCACCACGCCGGGCGACGGCCCCCGCAGCCCGCCGCGGGCCCUGAGGACGCACGAGGACACUCCCGGCGCCGUGGGUCACCUGAGCUUCACGGAGAUCCUGGACACCUCGCUGAAAGUGAGCUGGAGCGAGCCCGGCGAGAAGAACGGCGUGCUGACGGGCUACCGCAUCUCGUGGGAGGAGUACAACCGGACCAACACCCGCGUCACGCACUACCUGCCCAACGUCACGCUGGAGUACCGGGUCACCGGGCUCACCGCCCUCACCACCUACACCAUCGAGGUGGCCGGGAUGACCUCCAAGGGUCAGGGGCAGCUGUCGUCCUCCACCAUCUCCUCCGGCGUCCCGCCAGAACUUCCUGGUCCUCCCACCAACCUGGCCAUCUCCAACACGGGCCCGCGCGCCGUCACCCUGCAGUUCAAGCCCGGAUACGACGGGAAGACGUCCAUCUCCCGAUGGGUGGUGGAGGCUCAGGUCGGCGUGGUCGGGGAGAACGAGGACUGGGUGGUUGUGCACCAGGUCUCCAAUGAACCGGAGGCUCGGUCCCUAGAGGUGCCCGGGCUGAACCCCUACACCUUCUACAGGUUCAGGAUGCGCCAGGUGAACAUCGUGGGCACCAGUCCUCCCAGCCAGCCGUCCAGAAAGAUCCAGACGCUGCCGGCCCCGCCCGACGUGGCGCCCGCCAACGUCACGCUGCGCACCGCCAGCGAGACCAGCCUCUGGCUGCGCUGGAUGCCGCUGCCCGAAUGGGAGUACAACGGGAACGCCGAGCAGGUGGGCUACAGGGUGCAGUACUCCCGCGUGGGCUCGCAGGCCCGGGCGCUGACCCACGUGAUCGCCGACCGCCUGGAGCGGGAAUUCACCAUCGAGGACCUGGAGGAGUGGACGGAGUACGAGGUCAGGGUCCAGGCCGUCAACGGCAUCGGGAUGGGACCCUGGAGCCAGCCGGUCCGCGGCAGGACCAGGGAGUCCGUCCCCUCUCGUGGACCCACCAAUGUCUCCGCCUUCGCCACCACCUCCAGCAGUAUCCUGGUGCGCUGGUUCGAAGUCCCAGAGCCAGACCGGAACGGCCUCAUUCUGGGCUACAAGGUUGUGUAUAAAGAGAAGGACUCGGACAGCGCGGUGCACUUCUGGACGGUGGAGGGGAACACCACCCACACCGUCCUGCUGACGGGCUUGGGGAAAUACGUCCUGUAUGAGAUCCAGGUUCUGGCUUUCACUCGGAUCGGAGACGGACGGCCCAGCUCCCCCCCGAUCCUGGAGCGGACUCUGGAUGACGUGCCCGGACCUCCGGUGGGGAUCCUGUUUCCUGAAGUGCGGACCAACUCAGUGAGGCUCAUCUGGCAGUCUCCCGCCCAGCCCAACGGCAUCAUUCUUGCCUACCAGAUCACGUACCACCUCAACUCCACCAACAGCAACGCGGCCACCGUGGACGUGCUGAACCCCAGCGCUCGCCAGUACACCGUGACCAGCCUGAAGCCGGAGUCCGUGUACGUGUUCCGCCUCACGGCGCAGACCCGGAAGGGCUGGGGAGAGGCGGCCGAGGCGCUGGUGGUGACCACGGAGAAGAGAGCUCGCCCGCAGCCCACCAGCCGCCCCACCGUGCCCCAGAAGGACGUCCAGGCCCGGCAGGUGGUGCUGUCGUGGGAGCCGGGCAGCGACGGGCUGUCGCCGGUGCGCUACUACACGGUGCAGCAGCGGGAGCUGCCCGAGAGCAACUGGACGGUCCACUCCGCCUCCGUCAGCCACGACGCCACCUCCUACGUCGUGUCCAGGCUGAAGCCCUUCACGUCCUACCAGUUCAGAGUGAAAGCCACAAACGACAUCGGGGACAGCGAGUACAGCGAGGAGAGCGAGGCCAUCACCACUCUGCAGGACGCGCCCGACGAAGCGCCGGCGAUCCUGUCGGUCACGCCGCAUACGACCACGUCGGUGCUCAUCCGCUGGCAGCCCCCCUCCGAGGAGAAGAUCAAUGGGAUCCUGCUGGGCUUCCGGGUUCGAUACCGUGAGCUGCUGUACGACCGGCUCCGCAGCUACAUCCACCCCGUCAGCAGCGCGUCCGCCUGGACCGAGCUCAGCGCCCCCUACAGCGUCCGGAACCUGACUGAUGCGUCCCUCACCCAGUAUGAGCUGGACAAGCUCAGUAAGCACAAGCGCUACGAGAUCCGCAUGAGCGUGCUGAACGCGGUGGGCGAGGGUCCGGCCAGCAGCCCCCAGGAGGUGUUCGUGGGAGAAGCCGUGCCGACGGCGCCCCCCCAGAACGUGGUGAUCCAGUCGGCCACCGCCACCCAGCUGGACGUGACCUGGGAGCCGCCGCCGGUGGACGCCCAGAACGGAGACAUCCAGGGAUACAAGAUUUACUUUUGGGAGUUCCAGCGGAAGAACGAGACGGAGCGGCUCCGGACGCUCUUCAUGCCGGAGGGAGGGGUGAAGCUGAAGAACCUGACGGGCUACACCACCUACAUGAUCAGCGUGGCGCCCUUCAACGCGGCGGGGGACGGGCCCCGGAGCCCCCCGACCAGGGGCCGCACCCAGCAAGCAGCUCCCAGCGCUCCCGGCUUCAUCCACUUCGGCGAGCUGACCACCACGUCCGUCAACGUGUCGUGGGGCGAGCCCACCUUCCCCAACGGCAUCAUCGAGGGCUACCGGCUGGUGUACGAGCCCUGCACGCCCGUCGAUGGCGUCAGUAAGACAGUGACGGUGGACGUGAAGGGGGGCGGCCCCCUCUGGCUGAAGCUCAGAGACCUGGCCGACGGCGUCACCUACACCUUCCGCAUCCGGGCCAAGACCUUCGUCUACGGGCCGGAGGUGGAGGCCAACAUCACCACCGGGCCGGGGGAAGGUGCCCCGGGACCCCCCGGAGAGCCCUUCAUCACACGCUACAGCUCGGCUCUGACCAUCCACUGGACCGGCGGCGACCCGGGACGGGCGCCCAUCACGCGCUACGUCAUCGAGGCCAGGCCGUCAGACGAGGGCUUGUGGGACAUCUUGAUCAAGGACAUCCCCAAGGACGCCACGUCGCACACCUUCAACAUGGACGUCCUGAAGCAGGGCGUCAGCUACGACUUCCGGGUCAUCGGGGUCAACGACUACGGCUACGGCGCCCCCAGCCUGCCGUCGCCCUCCAUCUCCGCUCAAAAGGUGGCGCCGUUCUACGAGGAGUGGUGGUUCCUGGUGGUGGUGGCUCUGGUGGGGCUCAUCUUCAUCCUGCUGCUGGUCUUCAUCCUCAUCAUCAGAGGCCAAAGCAAGAAGUACGCCAAGAAGUCCGACUCAGGCAACAACUCCAACUGCAACGCCCUGACCCACGGCGACAUGGUGAGCCUGGACGAGGGCCGCUUCUCCGCCCUGGAGCUCAACAACCGCCGCCUCUCCGUCAAGAACUCCUUCUGCCGGAAGAACGGCGUCUACACCAGGUCUCCCCCCAGGCCCAGCCCGGGCAGCCUCCACUACUCGGACGAGGACGUCAGCACCAAGUACAACGACCUGAUCCCGGCCGAGAGCAGCAGCCUGACGGAGAAGCCGUCCGAGGUGUCGGACUCACAGGGCAGCGACAGCGAGUACGAGGUGGACCCCAACCGGCAGAAGACCCACUCCUUCGUCAACCACUACAUCAGCGACCCCACCUACUACAACUCGUGGCGCCGCCAGCAGAAGGGCAUCUCGCGGGCGCAGGCCUACAGCUACACCGAGUCGGAGUCGGGCGACCCGGAGCACUGCGCCCCGCUGCCGCUGCCCCCCCUGCCGCCGCUGCCGCCCCAGCUGAGCUCGCCCAGCCCCCAGCCGCAGCAGGCCCAGGGCCAGCCGCAGGGCCAGGGCCAGGGCAGCCUGUUCAGGCCCAAGGGCAGCCGGACUCCCACCCCCUCCCAGCAGAGCUCCAACCCCCCCAGCCAGCACAGCACCCUGUACAGGCCCCCCAGCAGUCUAGCCCCGGGCUCGCGGGCCCCCAUCGCCGGCUUCUCCUCCUUUGUGUGAAAAGUGCUGCGAAGGACACAGAAACUUGUGGAAUUGAUGUUGAAGGAGAAUCCAGCGUCGCUUUAUGCAGUCGACCCCCCCCCCCCCCCCCCCCCCCCCCCCCUAUCAUUACUCUGAGUUUGGUCUUUUUCUCCCGCGUUAUUUUCUUUAAUCUGGAUAUGCAGAGUGACACCUUUUUAAUUUUUAAUCGUCUAUUUUGUGAAAGUGUGGCAGCAGCAACUUUUGAAUUGUCUUCACUGGUCGAUGAAACAAAAUUCGGCGAAUUUGAUUCACGUUUGUUUUUGCUGUUUGAGCUCCGUGCAUGGUUUUUAAUUCAUCACUUCCUUCCUGUUUUUGUAACAUUUCCAAAUGCAUUCAGUGAUAAUCUAUUCGAUUCUGUACAAAGUCACAAGAAUCUUCAAAAACACAUAUAAAUAUAUAUAUAUAGAUAUAUAUACAUACAUAUAUAUAUAGUAGACUUACCUAGAAAACAUGAGGUCAGUGCCGACGCCGCGCUGACGGAGACUGAGACACGACGGAGCCAUAAUGUGGACGUGAAAGGACAGAUGUUGGGACCGGGUGUAAAAACGUGAACACAAGCGGGCGUGGAAGUGGAGUUCAUGCCAAACGGAAUCAUUUUUAAGGCGCGAUGGCCCGGAGGGAUUCCAGAGAAAAGGACAUCGCAGAAACAAUCAUGGCCGACGGCACACGGGUCGCAUGUCAGCGGCUCCUCGGCGCCGGGAGGGAUCCUGCAGAUAUAUGAAACCCGUGUAUAUCUGUGUGAGAGUCCUUUUUUCUUUUGUUUUUUUCUUUUUCUUUUGCGAGUGUGUUCCAGUGGAUCAAAGAUGCCUUGAUUAAGAAACACUUAUUUAUGAUAUGUGGCACUGCGAGCGGUGCUCCUGUCCGUGGCAUCGUGACCCCCCCCCCCCCCCCCCCGACCUUCAUCUUUCACGUCGGCCCCGUCCUGCCGACAUGCUGUUGAACCGGAGAGGCGGAGGCGUCGAACCGUCGCCGUGCGGACGCAGCUUCAACGCCAACGGUGUGAUUUUUGAUAAGAGACACCGAGAGACUCGUGCUGCGGCGUCCUCCUCCAGAUCCGAGGCUCCGCCCCCGGCGGACGUCACGGACGCCUCGCCUCCUUCCCUUUUGUUGUAAUCGGCCACUGUACUAUUCAGGUGCGACUGUGUAAUGGGUGUGUGUGUGUGUGUGAGUGAGUGAUCACACUCUUCUCGUGCGUAAGCUUUACAGAUCAUUCACUGUGUGUCUGUUUAUAAAGAGAUUGUCCUUGCAGCAACUGUAAACCUGCCUGGAGCCCCGGCGCCGGCGGGCGGCGGCUCAUUACGCUAUAGUGAAGACUCAGUGGUGUGUUCCUAGUUUCCAUAGUUCAAAAAAAACAAACAGACAAAAAAAAAAAAAAGAAAGAAGCGUCAUCUACUUUUUUUCUCUCUCUCUGUGGGGUGAUUUCAUUGUACGCAACAAAAGCUUAUCAUGCAGAAUCUUGAAUGAAUAUAUGAUCACAGUACAUUUCUGAAAUAAAUUAUUUUUCAAUGUUA